CAGCCUUGAGCAGUGCGUGGCUGUGCCCCUCCUGAGCUCCCUGGGACAGCAAGGAUGAUCACGUUCAUGAACAACUCAGAUAGCGAGGAGGAGCCCUGCAAUGAGAGGACAUCCCUGAUGUCUGCAGAGAGCCCUCCAGUGCCCUCCUACCAGGAUGGCCUGCAAGCCUCGGGAGCCGGGGAGGCGCAGGCUCAUAGGAAGAGGCGAACAGGUAGCAGCCGUAGCCCUAACAAUAUUGCUGAAGGGGAAAUGUCUGACUCGGGUGUUCCAGUGAGAGGAAGCGCCUUGGAAAAUGAAGAGGAGGAACUAACUCUGAAAUAUGGAGCAAAGCAUGUAAUCAUGCUCUUUGUGCCUGUCACCCUUUGUAUGAUUGUUGUCGUCGCCACCAUAAAGUCAGUGCGCUUCUAUACGGAGAAAAACGGGCAGCUGAUCUACACCCCUUUCAGUGAGGAUACCCCAUCUGUGGGCCAGCGUCUCUUGAACUCGGUGCUGAACACCAUCAUCAUGAUCAGUGUCAUCGUCGUAAUGACUGUGUUCCUAGUUCUGCUCUAUAAAUAUCGCUGCUACAAGUUCAUCCAUGGCUGGUUGAUCCUGUCCUCUUUGAUGCUGCUCUUCCUCUUUACCUACAUAUAUCUCGGUGAAGUACUGAAGACAUACAAUGUGGCCAUGGAUUACCCCACCCUGUUCUUAGUCAUCUGGAAUUUUGGAGCUGUUGGGAUGAUUUGCAUCCACUGGAAAGGUCCCUUGCAGCUCCAACAAGCAUAUCUCAUUAUGAUCAGUGCUCUAAUGGCACUGGUUUUCAUUAAGUAUCUACCUGAGUGGUCAGCAUGGGUGAUUCUAGGUGCAAUCUCCAUCUAUGAUCUGAUGGCUGUUCUCUGUCCCAAGGGGCCACUGAGAAUGCUGGUAGAAACUGCACAGGAGAGAAAUGAGCCCAUUUUUCCUGCAUUAAUAUAUUCCUCUGCUAUGAUGUGGACAGUUGGAAUGGCAAAGCCAGACACAGCAGCAAGAGGACCAAGUCAGCAGAUGUGGGAUGCAGCUGAGGAUGGGAGAGACAACCACGGGAGCUCUUCACAUACAGACUCUCAGAUGUCGGAGACGAGGAGUCCUGUUCCAACCCGCCCCAUCACUUCUCUAGAGGAGCUUGAGGAGGAGGAAAGGGGUGUGAAGCUGGGCCUUGGAGACUUCAUAUUUUACAGUGUGCUUGUUGGGAAAGCAGCGGCCACAGCAAGCGGAGACUGGAACACCACGCUGGCCUGCUUUGUAGCCAUUCUCAUAGGUUUAUGCUUAACUCUUUUAUUACUGGCUGUUUUUAAGAAAGCACUGCCUGCUCUUCCCAUCUCCAUCACCUUUGGCUUGGUCUUUUACUUCUCGACAGACAACCUUGUGCGACCAUUCAUGGACACCCUGGCCUCCCACCAGCUGUAUAUUUAG